GACGGGAGGAGGCGGAGGCAGGAGAAAGAAGGGAGGUCGGGAGGGAGUGUCCGGUCCCUAGGCGCCGACAGCUCCGCCAGACCUCCGGCUCCCCCAGCCCUGCCGCCGCAGCGAGCCCCACGACGCGAGAGGGGAGUCCGCCGGAGCAGAAGGGAGGAAAUUCAAAGCGAGUCUACUCAACCUCGUCUUGGCUCCGAGGCCCCGCCAUGGAGACCAGCACAAUGCGCACGCGCACCGCUCCGGAAGGCGCAGCACAAACGCCCUAAGGCAGUUGAUGAGUGCGGGCUGGGCGCUGUGGAGAGGGUACCUCGUGGUGCGGUCUGAGGAAGCCGGAGGCGGACGGCAGAGCUGGCCUCGUGCUCGUCUGCCUUAGCGCCGCUUGCUUGUCAGCGCGUGUCCUUCCCGCCAUGGCACAGCUCCAGGCGCGUUUCUACACCGAGAACAAGAAAUAUGCAGUAGAUGAUGUUCCUUUCUCAAUCCCUGCCACCUCUGAAGUUGCUGACCUUAGUAACAUCAUCAAUAAAUUGCUGGACACCAAAAAUGAGCUCCACAAACAUGUCGAGUUCGAUUUCCUUAUCAAGGGCCAAUUUCUUCGAUUGCCCUUGGUCAAACACAUGGAACUGGAAAACAUUUCAUCGGAAGAGGUUGUGGAACUAGAAUACGUGGAGAAGUACACUGCACCCCAGCCAGAGCAAUGCAUGUUCCAUGAUGACUGGAUAAGCUCCAUUGAAGGGGCAGAAGAAUGGAUCCUGUCUGGUUCUUAUGAUAAGACUUCUCGGAUCUGGUCCUUGGAAGGAAAGUCAAUAAUGACAAUUGUGGGACAUACAGAUGUUGUGAAAGAUGUGGCUUGGGUGAAAAAAGACAGUUUAUCCUGCUUACUACUGAGUGCCUCAAUGGAUCAGACUGUUCUCUUAUGGGAAUGGAAUGUGGAGAAGAACAAAGUGAAAGCCCUACACUGCUGCAGAGGUCAUGCUGGGAGUGUGGACUCCAUAGCAGUCAAUAGCUCAGGAACUAAAUUUUGCAGUGGCUCCUGGGAUAAGAUGCUAAAGAUCUGGUCUACAGUCCCUACAGAUGAAGAAGAUGAAAUGGAAGAAUCCACAAAUCGGCCAAGAAAGAAGCAGAAAACAGAGCAAUUGGGACUAACAAGGACUCCUUUGGUGACCCUCUCUGGCCACACAGAAGCAAUUUCCUCAGUACUUUGGUCAGAUACUGAAGAAAUCUGCAGUGCAUCUUGGGAUCACACAAUUAGAGUGUGGGAUGCUGAGUCUGGUGGUCUUAAGUCAACUUUGACAGGAAAUAAAGUGUUUAAUUGUAUUUCCUAUUCUCCCCUUUGUAAACGUUUGGCAUCUGGAAGCACAGAUAGGCACAUUAGACUGUGGGAUCCCCGAAGUAAAGAUGGUUCUUUGGUGUCGCUGUCACUCACCUCACAUACAGGCUGGGUUACAUCAGUAAAGUGGUCUCCUACCCAUGAACAGCAGCUGAUUUCAGGCUCUUUAGAUAACAUUGUCAAGCUGUGGGAUACAAGAAGUUCUAAGGCUCCUCUCUAUGACCUAGCUGCUCAUGAAGACAAAGUUCUAACUGUGGACUGGACAGACACGGGGCUACUUCUGAGUGGAGGAGCAGACAACAAAUUGUAUUCCUACAGAUAUUCACCUACUACCUCCCAUGUAGGGGCUUGAAAAUGAAUAAUUGAUCAAA